UGUAACGAGCACAUAAUUAUUUUGUCACAUACAAAUUAUCUCGUCCUGAUCGUAACAUAGAUCGCAGCGUACAGGUUUCCGUAUCGAAAAUAGGCCAUCGAGACAUCGUGUUACCGUCGCAACAGCUGAUGUGAAUUUAGAAAGCAUUGUAAUCUGCCAUAGUUUGUUUGUCACCGGAUUAUAGAGCUCGAUAUAUCCUGGUUUUGUAUAAGACCAAGACGCUCUAUACUAUAAUUCUGAAAUGGCAAACUUAGGCCACACUCAGCUAACACGUGGAAGUGGUUCAUUCCAAGUUUCACCCAUAGCGAUGCCAUCCACAGGGAGCUACAUCUUCAGGGAUAUUUCUGACUACCACAGAAACACGGGAGGACUUCACUCGCCCUAUGGUAGGACUCCAAGCUAUUGUGAGGAUUACCCUUACCCAGCAGCAGCGAACCACCAGGGAAACCCGCUCAGUGCACUUUUCUCUAGCACCUCAGCUGGACUGCUUGGUAGCACUGGCUUUCUUGACAUGCAGGACGUUAAGAAAAAGCCAAAUGGAAAUAUUCGAGUUGAACUCGAUAACAGAACGUUGUGGAAAGGAUUUAACGAGUACGGUACAGAGAUGAUAAUCACUAAGGCUGGAAGGAGAAUGUUCCCAACAAUUAGGGUCAAACUGGAAGGUUUGGAUCCCAAAACAAAAUACAUUCUGGUAAUGGACAUUGUUCCUGUCGAUGAUAACCGCUAUAAGUACCAUAACGGGGAGUGGAUCGUCUCGGGAAAGGCAGAACCGCCACAUCCAUCAAGAUUAUACAUCCACACUGAUUCUCCCGCAACUGGGGCACAAUGGAUGAGGCAGAUUGUCUCUUUUCAGAAACUCAAGCUCACCAACAGCCAAGUGGAUCAACAAGGACAUAUCAUUCUCAACUCGAUGCACAAGUAUCAGCCUCGGUUACAUGUGGUCCAGGCGAACGAAUACAAUGCAUUGAACGGACGAAGUGCUUUUGAAACAUUCAUUUUCCCUGAGACAGAAUUCAUGGCAGUAACAGCUUAUCAAAACCCUCAGAUAACACAACUAAAGAUUGAGAACAAUCCGUUCGCCAAGGGUUUUCGUGGUGCGUGCAACACGUUUAGUUCGUCAACGUACGGAGGAACGAAACGCAAGCUCGAGGAGGACACAGAUGAGACUGGACCGAGUAGCCGAAUAUCACCUCGAAUGAUGAAAUUAACCAAUUGCAGCAGCCCAUCUUCUGUAUGCGUGACAUCAUCGCCACGUCACGUGAUCCAUCAUUACACAACAGCUUCUUCUGAUCCUCAGAGUCAGGAAAAUGGUCCUUACGAUUGCAUGCAGAGCAUCACAAACAUUGGCAAGACGCCGUCGCCUUGCAACGAAUGGCGCGAGGAGAGUAAUACGUCGCCUGCAGUCGCACCUGUCUGUCCAGUCCCUCUCCCGGCCGGAGAUUCGCCAGCGUACCGGAGUCCCUUUAACAAGACGAACUGUCGAUUUUCAGUGAUGACGUCAUACUCGCCGUACCAUCAAGGUUUGUACGCGGGCUCACAAGACCAACCCCCGAUUCAACAUCCGUACACUGUGGGGCAUCAUUUUGCGGGACACACGGGCGACCAUUCCUCGCCAUAUUAUCGUUAUAUGCCCACUGAACUUUACUCAGGAAAUUUCCUAAAAGGACAAGAUUGCGUCGCGAAUGGGUUCGUAAGCCUACCCAUUACAAAUCAAAAUGGCCACUUAAAUAACACCAACCAAGACUUUGGUUCAUAACCAGAAGUGCAAAGCACUCAACACUUUCUUACGGUAUUUUAACAACUUUGUAGAGGGGAAAAAAUAGAAGAUUUUUAGACGAAAACGCGGUUCAAGGCUGUCGUUAAGGCGAAAAGAACCAGGCAGAAAUCCCAUGUACAAUAUAUUUAAAAUUUUUACUAAAGCAUUGGAGAUUGAGAGUUUGAAAACUCGUUCACUUUUAACGUUACGCUAAAGUUUUCGGUGCGAUGAAGAAUAUUUUCAAAGAACAAAGGAGUUUUUGGUUUUCGCUUUUUUGGCAGCGGCUCCGUGAAGAAGGUACAUUUUAUUGUCUACUGCAAUCCUCUUGGAAGAAAACAUUGGUCUGAAGUCGAGAAACUAGCGCAGGGCAAACACAAGACAGUGAAAAUAUGGCCUUAAUUCGGAAGCACCUUAGAUGCUGUAAAAAGAACUUCUCUUCGAGGGAUUCUUGGCGAGUCGUGCCUGUCCGACGAACGAUAUGAAAAUAUUCUUGUGGUGUUUGGGAAAUUAGGAAAUAUACAAAUCUUCUCCGUCAUUUUAAUUACGAACGUCACAAAUUAUCCGUUUCAAUCAUCUCUUCAAUGUCCGCGUAAUUAAUAUUUUUGUCGACGCUUUUUUGAGGAUUUCAAGAAGAAUGAAUUUGUCUCAAAACAACGCUAAAUUAUGAUUAAAAUGUAUAGAAAUUAUGUUAAUAGCCAGAAUUGAUGAAUAAAUUAUAUCCAGGUGUUAGCUUUAGUUUAAAACGUGUUGAUCUUUCAAUAUUUGCAUCUUGAAAAGGCGGUUUGUACUGAUAUUAUCAUUAUUAUCUGGCUUGUUUUGUGGUGAUAAUUUACAUUUCCAGCCGCCCUUGGCCCAGACGUUUUGUUCAGUUAACCCGAAGACAGGUGAAAGUUGAAAUUAAAUCGAUCUCUGCAUGUUCCAUCGUCUAAUUUUCCU